UUGGUGGAGACAUACGGAGGACUUCACGCUUUUAAACACCCGAAGGAAAGGAUAAUAUUUUUAAUAUGUGGAAGAAGUAAAUUUGCAUAGAUUUUAAUGAACACAAUGUAUUUAGUUAGAUAAAUACAUAAAUCAUAUAGGGUGUUGCUAGGUAACUUGUGCUGCUUCGUCCUUCUGUUUAGACUCAGGCAGCGGAACUAUAGUCACCAAAUAUGAACGUUCCAACUGUCAUGAUGAAAGAUAAAUCGGUGUCUUAGAGAAUCAAAACUUUGUGAUCACCACAAACACAUAAAAGUAAAUGGAAUGAGCCUCGGGUUGAGAAUACAUUCUCUGACUUAAAGGCUUUGCGCCAGAACUCACAGCUCCUCGGUCCCUGAUAUUGUUUUCCAGUAGCUGGUAGAUUUUGCCAGUGGGUAGUGCCGUGUUUGAGGGGGCAGGGCUUCAUUCGCCCGAAGUGCUUCUUCGCAGCAGACGAGGAAGUAGUUAUUUAAAAACGACAAAUCUCUUCAGAGGUUUCCCGCGAUCGGCACCGGUGGUGGGCAUUGAUCGGAAACAUCAUCUUUCAUUCCAGCGGAAAAAGAUUUCCAGCAUCUGCACUUUUUCGUUUUGACAUACAGGAAGGAUGUCUGAAUGACAUAAAUCCAGCGUAAAGACAAUUGUGAUGAUGCUAUCAUUCAGGCUUGUAAUACACUGCCUGUUGCUUAUUAUUUUCUGUCAACAUGUUGAAGUUGAAGUUAAAGUUGAUCAACUACAUAGCUCAGAUUCUCCUCUUCCAGUUGAAGAUAGUAUACUAACAGAAGCAAGUAAAAGCCAAAUUGUUCUCAACAGGCAAAAAAGAAAUGUCAAUCAACAGACCGCAUAUACUGUCGACGUUGAAUUAAGCAUACCUGAAAAUGGAUUUUCUCUUGACACACUGAAAACGAUCAUGGAUAAUCUAACCUAUCCAUUUUCAGUAUACAUUCAAAAUGGUAGCAGCGUCAAUGUUACCAGGAUCACUCCUACAACGGUCUGCCAGUUGGUGAACAAUGAAAUUCAAUGUACAUGCAUCAGUGAAUUUACUUGGAACUCAACAUUUUGUAGAACGUACGGUUCUUGCAGUGCAAAUACUACAGCAGACCAGACCUGUACAUGCAUCAGAGCCUACCCAGUAGAACGGCAAUUCUGUGAUCUGACACCCACAGUAAUAACACCCACACAAAGUACAUCAACAAGUACAUCAACAUCAACAAGUACAUCAUCAUCAACAAGUACAUCAACGUCAAUAGGUACGUCAUCAUCAACAAGUACAUCAACGUCAACAAGUACAUCAUCAUCAAGUACAUCAUCAUCAACAAGUACUUCAACGUCAAUAGGGACGUCAUCAUCAACAAGUACAUCAACGUCAAUAGAAAGUAAAACAUAUGCAUUGAUUAUUGAAAAUCUGAUCUUCACUAAUGAACUGAAAAAUUCUUCCUCGGCCGAGUAUAAAAGUCGUUCAGCAGAAUUCACUUCAUUGCUUAAUAAAGCAUACAGAAAGGUGGAUCAAAGCGCUUUCGUAAAAGUUUUGGGAUUCUCAAGUGGGAGCACCAUUCUGGUUCAUCAAGUAUUCUCUAGCUUGUCUCUGACCGAAGAUGUUGUGAAAGCAGUGGAUGAGACUCUUUCUGAAGGAAACUACAGAACAAAGUUUUUACCAAAAGACAAAAUUCCAUGCACUGAUAGCGAAUUUGGAACGACAAAAUUUAAUUCUACUGCAGAAAUCCCCUGUAUGGGAACGAAAGGUGUCAGGAGAAGAAGAUGUGGAAAGAAUGGGCAAUAUGAGGAUGAACAUGAUUUCUGUCUAAUACCUGAAAUUCAUCAACUUCUUGAGAAGACUCCUGCUGAAGUGACAAAGAAUUUUUCCAGUCUUCUUCAUGAAUUAUCUACGGCCUCACGUAAGCAAAACAUCAGCAAACCUGGAAAUGUAGAAGCUGUCGUAACCAUCCUGACGAAAUUUUCAGAAGUAAAUAAUACUGUUAAUGAAACAGAUUUGCAGAAUUUCUUGGAAGCUGUAAACUCCGUGAUUUCUCAUGAAUCAAUAGAAACCUGGGGUAUUCUCUCCAGCACGAAAGAUCAAACUAUCAGUUCUAAAUUAUUACAGUCAGUGGAGACAUUUAGUCGUCGUCUCAACCUGACGAAUAACACCUUAGAUGUUGAAAAGAAGAAUCUACAGCUCAGAGCUACUAAAAUUGACAGCCGUAAAACAAAAAGCCCCUUUAAUGUAACCUUCCAUAAUUUUAGCACUGAAGGCUACACCAAUUUAUCUACUAAUUUAAUAAUUCCCACUGAUGAACUUGAAAAGUUGGUAACCAACGUAGUUGUCACAAUUGCAUAUCCAACAUGGAUUGAUAUCUUACCCAGCAAUACAAACUUUGAAGGAGAUUUCUCAAUUAAUGGUCUUGUCGUGACAAUAACAUUAAGUAAUAAGAAAUCAAUUAACAUUAAGAUGAACUUCUCAGCAAGAAACCCUACACUUGAUUUUAACUCUGCCCAAUGUGCAUUUUGGGAUUUUACUCUUAAUGGUACAUGGAAUAAUGAUGGCUGUACACCGGAACAUGAUGGAGAAAACAUCAUUUGUAAUUGUGAGCAUUUAACAUCCUUUUCCAUUUUAAUGUCCGCUAAGCCAGUGAAGGACAGUAUUCUGAGUUCUAUAACCCAAAUUGGAGUUGCUGUUUCUCUAGCAAGCUUAAUAAUAACCAUCAUUAUAGAAGCAGUGGUAUGGAAGCACGUGACCAAGAGUAAAACAUCACAUAUUCGCCACGUGGCAAUUCUGAACAUUGCUAUCAACUUGCUGAUAGCAGAUGUAUGGUUUAUUGUGGCAGCCUCCGUAAAAGAAGGUUCAGGAGCUUGUGUGGCUGCAACCUUUUUCAUUCAUGUUUUCUACCUCGCCUUAUUCUUUUGGAUGUUCACCCUUGGCCUUCUACUUAUGUACCACCUGGUUUUCCUAUUCCACGAUUUCAGCAAAUCUGUUUUGAUGGGAAUCUCAUUUGGCAUCGGCUAUCUGUGUCCAAUAAUAAUUUCUGUCAUUACAAUCGGAGUUACCUAUCCACAGGACAGUUACAUAAGAAAAGAUGCCUGUUGGCUCAGUUGGAGGGAAAAAUAUCCGCUACUUGCUUUCAUUAUACCGGCUUUGUCUAUCAUCGCAAGCAACGUUAUUGUUCUAGUUGUGGUCAUAUUCAAGCUCCUACGACCAACAAUUGGAGACAGGCCCAGGAGCCAUAAUGAGGAGAAGGAUACAAUAAAACCAAUUGUGAGGAGCAUUGCAGUGCUAACCCCAAUCCUUGGACUCACGUGGGCAUUUGGAAUACCAACCUUUAUGGAGGACUCCCAUAUUGCUUUCCAUUAUAUAUUUACAAUUCUCAAUGCAUUUCAGGGUUUCUUUAUUUUGGUCUUCGGAACAUUCAUGGAUAAAAAGGUGCGAGAGGCUCUAUUGAAGAACUUCUCAUUGACUGGAUUUUCUUCACGAUCAAGGACAGUACAGAGUGCUUCCACAGGAAGAUUUACCUCCAAGCAUGGAAUUGCAGUUCCUGGGAGAAGAAAGAAGCUCAAUAUUUCAGGUCACUUGCAUUCAGAUAGCAAGGACAAAUUCCUGAGCUAUUCUACUCUGAGUUAACUGCUGGAGCUCGGAAGAUAAAACUGACUCUUCAGAUGCAGAGGAAAAUUCAUUACAAUCUUAACAAAACCCAUUUCAGCAGUGAAUUAAGAAGAAAAGAUGAUUUAUGACAGAAGUUUCAAAACUGUAGAGAAUGUUUGGCAUGUAAUUAAUAUUAUCAAAAGGAUAAUCAAUUUUUUCUUUGUAUUCUAGGGUAAUAAUUAAUACUAAUGUGAAGAAUAAGCACAUUGUGGAUAAUAAAAACAAUUAUCCAUUGUAUUGUAUAGAUUGGCAUAAGAUUUUGCCAUUAAUUAAAGAAUUCACACAUAGAUUUUUCAAACUGGGUAAUUUGCUUUUGUUUAUUUUUUUCAUUUUAGUUAGCUAUAUUUGUGUACUGCUUAUUUUGUCUGAUUACAGGUCACUCCCCCUACCUCUCCCCAACAGCCAGUGCAAUCUCAGGUAUAUUCUUUAUCUCCUAUAAUGAAUCUGCUGAAUUUCUCAUGGCUUCUUGGGUUUUGUACUUUUCUAAAAGCAUAGGAUUACUCUCAGCCUCUAUAAUUUGCUUUGUUUCUCAUUGGAAAGGCGUAGAACUUUGCAGAAACACUUCUCAGGCCCAUUGGACAUUGUUACCUUCCUUUACUAACCUUCUUAUUGAAUACACCACAGAUCAGCAUGAAGAUAUCAUUUGGGUGUACAGAAGAUAAUAGUAUUCCAUGGGCGAGGACAAUGAAAUAAAAAUAUGGGUAGGAAAGGGGAUAUAAAUUUGCCAUAGUAUCCACUUUUGAUUGCUGUUCCCUGAACCCUGCUGUAACAUUUACUUGUUUGGAAGCUGCGUGAUGUGACAGGAGGAGGCUUUGGUGUGAUUGAGUUGCCUGUUGUCACUUACCGACCAAGUUCACACAUCCAUUCAUCCUCAGUAAUAUGACUCUAUUUGGUUUGUCUGGGUUUAGAGUUAAAAAAUUAAAGGGUCUUUUCCAUGUUUUUUCAAACAGGAUUGAUUAAUUCCCAAAUCCUAUCAACAAUACCAUUUAAAUUCAUCAAUAUAAGUCAGUCGCGUAUUCCUCUCACUUCAUUAUUUUUUCAAUUCAUACACAUGAUUUAAUACUUCUUGUGAAGCCAGGAGCAAAGCAAUGGUUCUGAAUGAGCCACACAGCCUUCUCUAGAGCAUUUCUGUUGGCUUAGCAUAUGUCACAUCGAGAAAAUAAUUCAUUAAAUCAACUCAUUAGGUGGAAUCAAAACAUUUCAAGUGCCCUCUAACUAACAAAUGCAACAGUAUGAUAGGUUAUAGUUCGAAUUACUCCUACCACAGUGCAAUUGUUGCCUUGUUCUGUUUGUUCGACAUCAUUACUGCUCACUGUGUUCUCCUGUUUCUGGGCUUCCACAUGUCUCACAUUGUGGUACCUUCUACAAAUUUGUGUGUUCAUUCCACAGCAAGAUUCAAUUGAAUGGUAGAUCACUCACUGUUGAGAGGGAGCAGGAUGCUCAUUCAAUAUGAAUUUCCGAACUUUCUGGCUGUUAAUUUGAAAUUAUAGAAUAUUGCUCAUAUUAUUGAAUAUUGAUAGAUCUAGAUAGAGUGGAUAUGGAGAGAAUGUUUCCUUUCGUGGGGGAUUUUCGGACCAGAGGGCACAGGCUCAGAAUACAAGGAUGUCACAUUAGAACAGAGAUGAGAAAGAAUUCCUGUAGUCAGAGGGUGGUGAAUCUGUGAAAUUCAUUGCCACAGAUGGUGAUGAAGGCCAAGUCACUGUGUAUAUUUAAAGUGAAGGUUGAUAGUUUCUUGAUUAGUUACAGCAUCAAAGGUUAUGGAGAGAAGGCAGGAGAAUGGGGUUGAGGGGGAUAAUAAAUCAGUCAUGAUAGAAUGGCAGAGAAGACUGGAUAGGCUGAAUGGCCUAAUUCUGCUCCCAUGUCUUAUGGUCUUAAAUGCUGUUUGAAUUAAUGGGUAGUGCAACAAUAAUAUUGAGUUGUAUUCUGUUGAGUCUUUCGAUUACAUGACAUUUCAAGAUGCAUUUUGCUUUCCCUUUGGAAAAAUUCCCAGAUAAAUGUUAGUUUAGUGCUUUUGUUUCAAAGCAUGAUAUAAAGGAGAACAUCCUGGGAAUCAAAGAUAAGGAGAAAUGACUUUAUUUGGACGGUGAUGAAUCUGUGGAAUUCAUUGUCACAAAUGGCUGUGGAGGGCAAAUGAUUGGGUACAUUUAAAGCAAAUGUUGAUAGGUUCCUGAUUAGUAAGGGCAUCAAAGGUUACAGGAAGAAGAAGGGCAAUGGAGUUAAGUGGGAAAAUAAAUCCGGCAAGACCAAAUGGCAGAGCCGACUCGACAGGCCAAAUGGCCCAAUUCUGCUCCUAUGUCAUAUGGUCCUAUGUCUAAUUCGCAGCUUGAUCAGUUGUGGGUGCUAGUAAUAGGUAAUUAUCAAUCCAAAUUAUUGGUCAUGUAUGUAUGAAUAGAUUUCAGUUCUGCUUUUAUCUUGCACUCUACUUCACCGCAAUACAAUUAUUUAUUAAUUUGAAUUUUCUGAACAAUCUCAUUCACCUGCUGAAGACUAUAAGAUAUAGGAGCAGGAUCAGUAAUUCAGCUCAUUGACUCUGUUCCGAUAAGCCAUCCAAAAGUAGAGCUUAGAUAUUUGGUAUGGAUGAACUGAAUUAAUGGAAGAUGAUGAAUUAAUAAUUAUGGUAUGACUGUGUCAGCCCAUUGAAUUCUGAUAACUGAAGCCACAGAAGGAAUAAAAUUAAAUUUUAUUAAUAGCUGAUUUAUAUAAAUUUAACAAUAUGAUUAUGUUUAAAUACUCUUGAGUACUGAGGAGAGAUCUGAUAGAAGUAGAUAUUGAUAGGGUAGACAGUCAGAAGUAGUGUAGAAAUACCAAACACCAGAGGAUAUAAUUUUAAGGUUAGUUGUUAAAGUUUUUUUUAAUUGAUUUUUUAAUGCAUUUUCUAUGACACUACAAACUAAAACAAAACCCCAAAAACAAAAUAGGAAAUUAGUUCAGUGCAAGAUAAACAUACAAUAGUAAUAUAAUACAAAAUAAAAUAAUUGAAAAAGCACCCGUUGAAGUCGUGUAAAAUUAGUGUCCACCCCCAACCCCACAAAAAAAACUGCAGACCAACCAAAACAAAAUGUAGAAAAUAUAAAUCAGAACAUUGAAACCCCCAAAACUGUAAAUACAAUUGAAAACAGAAGAUAAUAAUGCCUACUACCAAAAAAAAAAAGCUGAAAGCAAGGUUUAAGGUUGAUAUGAGGGGCAAGUUUUUUUCUGCACAGAAUUGGUUACUGGGUAGUGGAAGCCGGCAGUUUGCUGGAUUUAAAUAGAUGCAUGAAUAUGAAUGGAAUGAAGGAAUAUGAAGUAGGUACAGGAGGAGGACAUUUAGUACCAAUUGGCAUCAAGAUCUGUACAACGCUAUUCUAUGUUCAAUGUAUUAUAGCAAUUUUAAACUGUUAGAGAUAAUUAACAAGGUUCAAAAAACUCCUGUGAAAAGCAUUUUUGUGGCAGAUGGAAGCAUGUUGUUGCUUUCAUACUUCAAAUUCCCUUUAAUAAUAUCUUAAGUAUUGAAAAAUAUGUUUGUUUAAAAAUAAUUUUUAUGUUAGGGGACCUUUUAACAACAAAGAGUUAUGAAUGGAGAAAACUUUUGUAAAAAGUCAUAGUAGCGGACACCUGUCAUUGUACUCUGUUCCUCUUCGUGCCUUACUAUUCUACUUUAUGGUACUUGUGAAUACAGAAAACAAUUGUAAUAGAUGUGAUGUAACGCUAAAUAAGUGAUAUGCUGUCAAUCAAUAAAAUCAAUGUAAAGUGAAUGUAAUAAACAUAUUGACUGGCAG